CUUUUUUUUGUGACAAUGUCAGAGGACAACGAAACUAAGCUACCCAAGGUUCCCAAUUCACCAAAGAAAGUGGUGCGACAGAAACGAGACCGGCGGAAGAAAAGCCUGAUACAUAAGGCCUAUGAAUACAGUAAGCUGUGCGACGCUGACAUAUGCCUCGGCAUUCGGCUUCGAGAUUCCGGGCAAGUUACGACGUUCCAGGCUGAUCCGACUGGGUUUUGGUCGGGAUUUUCAUCUCAUUUGGAGAGACAUUACCCCCGGCCGGUACAGAAAACAGACAAGGAUUUUGACGAUCUCGCUGCUGGUGAAAGUGCUGGUGAAAGUGCUGGUGAAGAGGACAAGAUCAGACCACUAGAAGACAAGGCCGUGCUUUAGUUAAUGCGGGGAUAGAGGGAGAUACUGGCCUGUCAGCUCUCUUGAAACACUAUCCUCUUCGUUUCGAAUUUGAAGGAAGCUAUCAUUUCCCAGGUAAUUGCGCGAGCACAUAACCUCGCAGUGCUAGAUCACAGCCGACGACCUCUUGAGUCAGGAAGUGAGUAAAGCUGGACUGAGCUCCCAGUUGCGCUUGAUAAAGAUUAAUCGUCAUUUUUCUUCCUCGCUUUUGUAUUAAUAGCAAUUCCAGGC